GUUCAUGUUGACUGCCCAAAGUCCAAAAAUAGUCUUCCACUACCACUUCCAAUUCAACCUGACCAAAUACACGCAGCACAACAAAGAAUUUAUCCUGGGACCUGCAGCAGCACAUCUGCAGACCAGCCUUGACAGCAGCCACAUUCCAGCCACCUCUCCUGCCUCUGUUCUGACAUGUCAAGCUACAGUUUUGGUCUGGAGCCGCUCUCCUGCCAUGCCUGGAAUAAAGACAGGACCCAGAUUGCAGUGAGUCCUAACUACAAUGUGGUGAAUAUUUAUGAGAAGAGAGGAAAAGACUGGGUCAAGAUCCAUGAGCUGAGUGAGCACAGUGGACGAAUCACAGGUAUUGACUGGGCCCCAGAGUCCAACCGCAUUGUGACAUGUGCCUCUGACCGCAAUGCCUAUGUGUGGACUCUCAAGGAUGGCAUGUGGAAACCCACCCUAGUCCUGGUGCGCAUCAACCGUGCAGCCACCUGUGUGAAGUGGUCACCACAAGAGAAUAAGUUUGCCCUGGGCAGUGGAGCUUGUCUUAUCUCUGUCUGCUACUUUGAGAAGGAGAACAACUGGUGGCUGAGUAAGCACAUCAAGAAACCUAUUCGUUCCACAGUCUUGAGUCUGGAUUGGCAUCCCAACAACAUUUUACUAGCAGCUGGGUCUGCAGACCUUCACUGCAGGGUGUUUUCUGCAUACAUCAAAGACAUUGAGGACAAGCCUGGACCCACUGCCUGGGGGGCUAAGAUGCCUUUUGGUGAGGUGCUGCUGGAGCAUAAGGACUGUGGAGGCUGGGUGCACAGCGUCUCCUUCUCCCCCAGUGGAGACCAAUUAGCCUGGGUGGCCCAUAACAGCAGCAUCAGUGUGGCUGAUGCUGCUCAGGGAAAGGAGGUAACCCAGCUGACAACUGACCAUCUGCCACUACUUAGUGUCCUCUAUGUCAAUCCCACUGAGAUUGUUGCAGCUGGUCAUGACUGUUGCCCCUACCAAUUCAGCUAUAAGAGUCCUGGCACACUGGAGUUUGUCAAAAAGCUGGGCAUCUCCAAGCAGACUGCUAAGGGCAACAUGUCAGCCAUGCAACACUUUCGUAACCUGGACAAGAAGGCCACCGAGGAGGACAGCAACGAGCUGUGCACCCUUCACCAGAACAGCAUCACGCAGCUGUGUGUUGUCUCAGGGGAGAAAGCUAAAGUGGAGAAGUACAGUAGUGUGGGUCUGGAUGGAACCAUGGUGAUCUGGGAUUUUAAGCACUGAGUCACCAGACGUUGUCCUUGAGGUGUCAGAGACUGAACUGACCCACACAUCCUGAGUCACUCAUUUGAGGAAUAUAUCUGUCAGUAGAGUCAUGUGCAUAUAUAUGGAUCCACCAAUUUUUUAGGAACUGGAAAUCAAUGUCUACACAGCCCUGUGUUUUUUUAUAUCUGUAUAUUGAAAUUCUUUCAAAUAAAUAAAGAUUACAUU